AUGGACGACUUCCCAUGGCAAGAGGUGAAAUCCGGAGACCUGGAGAGUCUACAGCUUCUGAUCUCUUCGAGUUCGACUGCUCGCAGAGUUCGUGCUCUUCAGGACCUUCGCGAUAGAGCCGGAACUGAAUUACCGCAAGAAUCUCAUCAAGAUUUAUUAGAACUGCUUUUUAGAACAUAUCCCUCCUAUGUCGAUCGUCCAUCUCGUUACGCCGUCCAAGAAUGCCUCCGCUCGCUUCUCAAGGCCCAACCGCCGACCGAUAGCUCCAACGAUGUCAAAUAUCUUAUUCAGAGAUUGAAGACGGAGACUUCUAAGCCCGGGCUGGCAGCUACGUCUGCGUUUGUGCUGGUGGAAUGGUGUUCGGUGUUGCUACAGCAUUUGACGGAGGAGUCGGAGACGCCGCUGGAGCCCGUGUUGGACAUCAUCGCCGCGGAUGCGAAAGCGCUGGAAAUCUGUUUCUCUGCGAAUCCUAAACCUAGCGUUGUACAAUCGGCACUCAGAAUUACAAGACGUGCCUUGCGUACGGUGUUCAGGUCGACCCGGGGCGACGAUGCCGUCCGUCAGUCUGUCAGCCGGUUGACCAGUGACUCGACCACAGGACAAAAAAAUGCGCCUUUCCUAGGCGUGAUAUCUGGAGUUAGCGCUCGCCUUGCAGCCCAGAAGCCAGUCUUGGAGGAGCAGAAGAAAGCUAUCAUUGCAUUCUACGCCAAGGAGUUGAUUGGAUCCCGGUCAGCGGUCCCGUCCCAUAUCGCCAAUGGCCUGUCGGAUUUCUUUGCAUCGUUCGUGACGUACGAGGAUGUUGAGACGGAAUUGAUCCCACCGUUCGAGAAGGCGAUUCUGAGAGCCCCGGAAGUGUCCCUCGGGGGUCUGAUCCCGGCCCUCUGUGCUGCGUUGCCAGAGCAAAUCGAUCUGUCAGACCUUCUGUUGUCGCGUCUCUUGAAGCAUCUCGUCUCGAGCUUAAAGUCGAAUAAUCCCGCGAUCAGACAGGGUGCUGUGGGCUCUUUCCAGUCGUUGCUCGCCAAAUCCAAGGCUGAGGGUUCGCUUCUAAAGAUCGCAAGCGAGGUCGCCGGCCCUCUAAAGACCCAGAAGAUCACCAACCCGGAUCACCGUGCCGUGUUUGCUCAAUCACUUACUGCUAUGGUACCUUCCGUUGCACUUUCAACCGAAGUGAUCCAAGGACUUGUUCCCGUUUUCGCCCGUGAGUCCAAUGAGCCUGCUCUGGAACAAGAAGUCAAAGCGUUUAGCAAGCAUCUUGCUUUCUUGGUCAGUUCUGCAGCCAAAGUUAGUGACGACGUGAUCAACGCCAUCGUGAAGGGAUCUUCAGAUAAGCGCGUUCCCUUCCGGAAGCUCUGGCAGCUUAAUGUCGGAGAAGUGCUUUGGGAAACCGAUUCGACGACCCUGGCUAGUUCCGAGGUCCAGCCACUCGUUUCCAAGUUCAUCGCUAAAAUGAAAGAAAUGUUCAACGAAGUAGCUUCGAACCCUGUGCCGUCCGCCCAGAACGGCGCCCUGUCAACCGCCUACGUUUACCUGGCGCUCUUGGAGCGCGCAGGUUCUGACAAUGAGACUUUGGAGGCGACAGUGGCUCAGUCGAUGGUUCUGAAUCCCAAACCGUCAUUCCUCCUUAAUCCCAGGGCCUACUCGAAACUGGCGUCCCAAGCUGAAAUACAAUGGGCCGUGCGAGCACUUGCGGCCGUUGCUUCUGGCUCCAAGUUCGAAGCCGCAGAGCACGCCGCCAAGGUCGCAUGGGCCGAAGCCUUCAUUUAUGCAAUCACAGCACCUGGACUCCACACCAACUUCAGAGAACAGUCUGCGCGUGCGUUGUCAGAUGUCUACCUUAAGAAACCGGGAACAACUGGCCGCAUCGUCAUCGAUGGUCUUUGGGCUUGGAUCCUGUCUUCUAGAACCGCGGAGAAAGAAUCUGCUCCAAUUUCUGCAGGACCAGGAAAUGAGGGUCUUUUGCACCUUGUGACUCGAGCUAUCUGCCCGCCAGCAACCAGUCUCGAAAAAGGCCAUAUCUCUGAAAUGAGAACUCAGCUUGUUGAGCUCCUCGUUCUAUGCCGCCCUGAGAUGAUCCCUAAAGCUGCUUGGAUUGCUUUGUGUUUGAGGACUGGCACAGACCCUGGCGAUCUUGUCCGUGAGCUUCCUGACGAGUUCAUGAAGCAAUUGAGUCGCGUGCAUGAUGACCCUGUGCAAUCUAAGGUGCCCCAAAUCGAUACGGCAAUCUGGAGCGCAGCAGCAGACUUGGCAUUCGUCGCGCCCGACACAAUGAUUCCUCAACUCGUCGACCAGAUUAAGGAUGAUCUCAGCGCCGAGCGCCUGUCCAAAUUCACGCCAACAGACGCUGCCAUCGCCCGCACUCCCGAAGGGACAAUGUUUGUCGAUGUCCUAAGUACUAAGUCAAGGCAGCUUGACAAGAACACCAAGGAUUAUGACACUCUGAAAUGGGAGGAAGAGCUCCGGGCGCAACUUGCCGAGAGGAAGGGCCAGACGCAGAAGAAACUCAAGCCUGAAGAACAGGCUAAAGUUAAGGCCCAGCUCGCCCAGGAAGCCAAGAUCCGUGAAGAGGUGCUUUACGAGGUUAAGAGAAUCGAGAGAGGCGCAGGAAUCAUCCAGGGUCUUGCAACAGGCCCUGCUACUGAUGUAGAAGGCUGGAUCAACCCUGCCGUGAGCUCCCUGCUUGCUCUCAUGGAGAUCAACGCGGGCAUGUUCGUUGGUGAUGUCGUGUCGAAAGCUUACGUUUCAUGCGCUGACAAAUUGUCGACUCGUCUGGCGACUCUCCGGCAAUUUGUUGGUGUGGCCACGCUGCGGGCCAUCGGGAGAACUUAUCUUCCUCUUGAGAUGGAAGUAGAGCCUCUUGGUGAGCUCAUUGCUAGGAUCCUGUACCGUGUGCGGUUUGCGUCGGAGCAACGCCCGCUUGAGGAGGCGUCUUUGGCCUAUCUUCUUCCCCUGGUUUUCCUGAUUCUUAACCGGAACGGUAUCGAAGAGAAGGAGGAGGGUGAAGGAGAACAGGUUUUGCUCGCUCUUGAAAUUUUGUCUUUCCACUCAAGCUCAUUCUCCGACAACCGCCUUCCUCGAGCCGAGGUCCUGAAGCACCUCAUCUCGGCAAUGCAGAGAUAUUCCCAGCAUUACAAGCUGAUCAAGGACACAUUGUUCGACCUUUGCCGAAGCAUCUCGGCAAAUAUCGGACAGGAGGAGCUGCAAGCUCUUUUAGAGGGCACGAUUGUCUCGGAUGUCUCUGUCAGAACAUCCGUUCUGCAAGCUAUCAAUGCCGAAAUUGAUUUGACGGAUCUUGACUUCUCUGAGCACAUUUGGCUUGCCUGCCACGAUCAUAUUGAGGAGAACGUUGACGUUGCCGAAACGAUCUGGGAAGAGAACGCCCUGGAGGUCGACGACUCUUCAUACGGCAAAAUCAUUUCAUACCUGGCUUCCAAGGACUCGCAGCUCCGUGGAGCGGCUGCUCGCGGAUUGGCGCAUGCAGUCGAACUCGACCGGUCCAAGUUUGCUGGCAUUCUGUCAAAGUUACAGACCAAGUACGAAGAUGAAGCUAGGCCAAAGGAACCCGAAAAGGACAAGUAUGGAAUGCCGAAGAAGAUGGACAUGACAGAUAUCUGGGAGUUCCGAAGUGGUAUUGCCCUUGCUUUUGGUGCUAUGACAAACGGUUUCGAGGGCGAGCAGAUCGUGUCGUUCUUGCGCUUCCUCAUCGAAAGAGGGCCGCUCAUCGAUAGGAGCUCUACCGUACGUGCUCAAAUGGCCGAAAGUGGUAGAUCUGUCAUUGCUUCGCGUGGUCAGCAAAAGGUCGAGGAACUUAUGCAGCUCCUAGAAACUACGCUCGAAACAUCGGACAAGGCAACCCAGCAAUCCGAUUUACUCAACGAGGCAGUGGUUGUCCUCUAUGGAUCUCUGGCCCGCCAUCUCAAGGCCGAUGACCCACGUCUGCAGACCGUCCUCAAGAAGCUUCUUGCCACCCUACCUACUCCUGCCGAAAGCGUGCAAUCUGCAGUUGCCGGCUGCCUGCCACCGUUGAUCAGACUGUCUGCGUCUAAGAGCUCCAGCUAUGUCCAGGAAAUGCUUGAUCAACUUCUUCAAACGAAGAACUAUGCUACCCAGCGUGGUGCGGCGUACGGUCUGGCUGCUAUCGUCAGUGGAAGGGGUGUCUCGACGCUGCGCGAAUUCCAGAUAAUGAGCCACCUCAAGGAAGCAACCGAGAAUAAGAAAGAGCCGCACCAGAGACAGGGUGCAGUCUUGGCUUACGAGCUUUUUGCCACGAUUCUUGGACGCACCUUUGAGCCAUAUGUUAUUCAGAUCGUUCCUCAACUUCUUGCCCUCUUCGGUGAUAUGAGCAUUGAUGUCCGUGAAGCUUGCCUUGACGCUGCAAAGGCAUGCUUUGCCAACCUCAGUUCUUAUGGUGUGAAGAAGAUUCUUCCCACUUUGCUUGAUGGUCUCGAUGAUACGCAAUGGCGUAGUCAGAAGGGGGCUUGUGAGUUGCUUGGUGCCAUGGCCUAUCUUGAUCCCCAGCAACUUGCAACAAGCUUGCCUGAGAUCAUUCCUCCUCUCACGAUUGUGCUCAACGACACCCACAAGGAAGUGCGCAAUGCUGCAAACCGCAGUCUUCAGCGAUUCGGCGAGGUCAUCAGCAACCCUGAAAUCAAGAGUUUGGUGAACGUUCUUUUGAAGGCCCUGAGCGACCCGACCAAGCACACGGACGAGGCUCUGGAUUCUCUUAUCAAGGUGUCUUUCGUUCACUAUCUCGAUGCUCCCUCUUUGGCACUUGUUGUCCGUAUCCUCGGGCGUGGUCUUGGUGACAGAUCGGCAACCAAGCGCAAGUCUGCCCAGAUUAUUGGUAGCUUGGCUCAUCUCACUGAGCGCAAAGAUCUUCUUUCGCACCUGCCUAUCAUCGUUUCUGGCUUGCAGCUGGCAAUUGUUGAUCCUGUGCCUACCACUCGUGCUACCGGUUCCAAGGCUCUUGGUUCACUUAUUGAGAAGCUUGGAGAGGAUGCUCUUCCCGAUCUCAUUCCCAACCUCAUGGCUACGCUCAAGUCCGAUACUGGUGCAGGCGACAGAUUUGGAUCUGCCCAGGCAUUGUCGGAGGUUCUUGCAGGUUUGGGUACGACGAGACUCGAGGAGACUCUGCCAACUAUCUUGCAGAAUGUGUCCAGCUCCAAGGCUUCUGUUCGUGAAGGCUUCAUGACUCUCUUCAUCUUCCUUCCUGCCUGCUUCGGUAACAGCUUCGCCACCUAUCUUAACAAGAUCAUUCCGCCGAUCCUUGCUGGUCUGGCUGAUGAUGUUGAUUCGAUCCGUGACACCUCUCUCCGGGCUGGUCGGUUGCUGGUCAAGAACUUCUCUUCCAAGGCGAUUGACUUGCUUCUGCCAGAGCUUGAGCGCGGUCUUGCCGAUGACAGCUACCGUAUCAGAUUGAGCUCCGUCGAGUUGGUUGGAGAUCUUCUGUUCAGUAUCACCGGUAUCUCGGGCAAGGCCGAGGCCGAAGAAGAGGAAGAGGAAGCGACCCAGGCCGGACAGUCUCUGCUCGAGGUUCUGGGAGCCGAGAGAAGGGACAAGGUCUUGUCUGCUCUGUUCAUCUGCCGCUGCGAUACUUCUGGUCUCGUCAAAAGUGCAGCGAUGGCCGUCUGGAAGGCGCUUGUUGCGUCACCCAAGUCUCUCAAGGACAUGGUCCCCGCUCUGUCCCAGCUCAUCAUCCGUCGCCUCGGUUCGUCGAACAUGGAGCACAAGGUUAUUGCAAGCAACGCCCUUGGAGACCUUAUCAAGAAGGCUGGAGAAUCAGUUCUGGCUACCUUAUUGCCUUCCCUCGAGGAGGGUCUGCGUACCUCACCAGAUGUCGACGUCAAGCAGGGUAUUUGUAUUGCGCUGCGCGAGGUCAUUACCUCUGCUUCCGUUGAUGCCCUUGAGGACUAUGAGAAGGUCCUCAUUUCCACCGUCAGAGUGGCCUUGGUUGAUAACGACGGGGACGUUCGUGAGGCUGCCGCUGAAGCGUUUGACGCUCUUCAGCAGAUCCUGGGCAAGAAAGCUGUCGACCAGGUUCUGCCUUACCUCCUGCACCUCCUAAGAAACGACGAGGAUGCAGAGCAGGCUCUUUCUGCGCUCCUGACGCUGCUCACCGAACAGACUCGUGCCAACAUCAUCCUGCCCAACCUUAUUCCGACUCUGCUCACUCCUCCUAUUUCUGCGUUCAACGCCAGGGCCAUUUCCUCUCUGGCCCAAGUGGCAUCCUCUGCCAUGACUCGUAGACUGCCAACUAUCUUGAACUCUUUGAUGGAUGGCAUGAUUACCACCGAGGACGACGACCAUCGUCAAGAGUUGAGCAAUGCCUUCGAUACUGUUCUUGUGUCUGUUGAUGAGUAUGACGGUCUCAAUGUCAUGAUGAACGUUAUGAUAUCUCUCUUGAAGCACGAUGACCACAAGCGCCGGGCCAACGCAGCACUGCAUCUCGACAAGUUCUUCUCGGACGCUUCACUCGACUACUCCAGAUACCACCAGGACCUUAUCCGCGUUCUGCUCAUCUCAUUCAGCGACUACGACGCGGACGUUGUCAAGGCUGCAUGGACUGCUCUGAGCGGCCUCACCAAGCACAUGCGCAAGGAGGAAAUGGAAGUGUUGGCCAUUUCUACCCGCCAAAUUUUGCGACAAGUCGGUGUCCCUGGAUCAGACCUGCCGGGCUUCAGCUUGCCUAAGGGUAUCACUGCUGUCCUUCCGAUAUUCUUGCAAGGUCUCCUCAACGGUACCGUGGACCAGCGUACACAGGCUGCUCUUGGUAUCGGCGACAUUAUCGACCGUACGAACGCCAAUUCGCUGAAGGCGUUCGUCACCCAGAUCACCGGUCCUCUGAUUCGUGUUGUGUCCGAGCGUUCGGUUGACAUCAAAUGCGCCAUCUUCUUCACCCUCAACAAGCUCUUGGAGAAGAUCCCGCUUGCUGUCAAGCCAUUCUUGCCGCAACUCCAGCGUACCUUUGCUCGUGGUCUUGCGGACUCUACCAGUGAGACUCUGCGUAACAGGGCCGCCAAGGGUCUUGGUAUCUUGAUUACCUUGACUCCUAGGGUUGAUCCUCUUAUUGCAGAACUCAUCACUGGUUCGAAGACGCCCGAUGUCGGUGUGAAGAACGCCAUGAUGAAGGCCCUUCAAGAAGUCGUUGGCAAGGCUGGUUCCAACAUGAGCGAAGCCUCCAAGAAUGCUAUUCUUGGACUUAUCGACGCCGACACCAGCGACCAGACUGACUCCGUGGCCAUUACAAAUGCCAGGCUGCUUGGUGCUCUCGUCAAAGUUCUUCCUGCUGCCACUGCUGGGCCGCUCAUCAAGAACCGUGUUCUCGUAUCCCAGGCUUCUCAUGCAUCUAUCCUCGGACUCAAUGCGUUGCUUGUUGAGUCGCCAUCGUCUCUGAUGGAGAACUUCGCAGCUGAGACACAAAUUGCUAUUUGCCAGGGCUUGUCGCACCAGGACACCUUUAUCUCCGAUAACAGUGCUCUUGCUCUCGGUAAAUACCUGCUAGUGGAAGAUGAGCACCGCAGCUUCGAAACAAACAAGACAGUCAUCGAGGCCUUGGCAUCGUGCAUUAAACCGGGCACCCCCUCUGACACCCGCCGGUUGGCUCUGGUGGUGAUCCGGACCGUCAGCCGACUGCACCCCGAGCUUACCCGACCCCAUCUGGCCCUCCUCGCCCAGCCAGUCUUCGCCUGCGUUCGCGAUCUCGUCAUCCCCGUCAAGCUCGCAGCCGAAGCAGCUUUCCUCUCCAUUUUCUCCGUGGAGGAGUCUGAAAGCGCCGUCUUCGACAAGUACAUGGCCGGCCCUGGCGCGGAACUCCCGCCGGGACCCAAGCGGAGCAUGUCGGACUACUUCAAGCGCGUUGCGCUACGUCUUGCUACACAGGCUAGGGAGCGCAAGGAGGCUGAGGGUGGACAUGGCGGGCUGGGUUUGUCGAAUGACGAGAUGGACGAUGAGAAGGAACUAUGGAGUAUUGGGAAGGUUGACCUUGGGGAAGUGGCAUUCGAUGAGUGA